ACUGGCAAGCUCUGCCAGAAACUCCCAACUCCCUCCCGGGCCGGAAAGUGCGCCUCGCCGGAGCCUGGAGGGACCCAGCGGGAGCCCGGCCUGGGAGCCAGGAUGGCCACCCACGGAGCCUCGCUGACCUGCCUGGGGCUGCUGCUCUUCCUGUUCCCGGGGGCGCAGGCCCAGAACCGUGCGCCCCCUGGCUGCAGCCCCGACCUCAACCCCCUCUACUAUAACCUGUGUGACCGAUCUGGGGCCUGGGGCAUCAUCUUGGAGGCAGUGGCUGGGGCCGGUGUGGUCACCACUUUUGUCCUCACCAUCAUCCUCGUGGCCAGCCUCCCCUUUGUGCAGGACACCAAGAAGCGGAGCCUUUUGGGGACCCAGGUGUUCUUCCUGCUGGGGACCCUGGGCCUCUUCUGCCUCGUGUUUGCCUGCGUGGUGAAGCCGGACUUCGCCACCUGCGCCUCUCGGCGGUUCCUCUUUGGGGUCCUGUUCGCCGUGUGCUUCUCCUGCCUGGUGGCCCACGUCUUCGCCCUCAACGCCCUGGCCCGGAAGAACCGCGCGCCCCCGGGCUGGGCCGUGUUCGCCGCCGCCCUGCUGCUCACGCUGGUGGAGGUGAUCAUCAACACCGAGUGGCUCAUCCUCACGCUGCUGCGGGGCGCGGGCGAGGACGGGCCCCCGGCCAACGGCAGCGCCCCGGGCCCGGCGCCCUCCCCGUGCCACAUCGCCAACGCCGACUUCGUCAUGGCCCUCAUCUACGUCAUGCUGCUGCUGCUGGGCGCCUUCGCGGGCGCCUGGCCCGCCCUGUGCGGCCGCUUCCGGCGCUGGCGGAAGCACGGCGUGUUCGUGCUGCUCACCACGGCCACGUCCAUCGCCGNGGCUGCAAGAGCUCAGGGAAUAUUUGGACCCAGGUUAUGA